AUGCGGCGACAAACACCAAUAGCACAUCUGCUAUACGCCUACCUCUACCCACACCCGACUCCCAACGACCCACCAUCAUUCUCGGCGCAUCUCGCUCGGAACCUAGUGCCAGAAGUACGAAUCGAGGUAGCCACAUACUAUGGGGACCUCAAUAGCGUGGAAGCAAGGUACCCAGGCCUGAACUACUGCUACGCACCCCACCGCAUGCGUCUGGGCCGGUUCAAGCACCACAGGCGGCUAUUCGAUGCGUUUGAUAACCUCGGUCUUACGUAUAAUGAGAUUCAGGAGUUCUGUUGCUGGGAAGGGACGAAGUGGGCACGGGAGAGAUACGAGAAGGACGAGAACAUCACCGUGGUAGACACGACGGGAGACGAGAUUCUUCCUUGGGUUGACCGCACAGAGGCCGAGGAGGAGCGAAGAAGACAGAACAUUCACAGGCGGACGGACAUCUCGGUUGUGGUGCAAGAGGCAGAUGGUGCACUCAGCAGUCACCCAGCUGAGAUGGACGAGGACGAGGAAAUGAGCGAUGCCGACUCGGAGGCGGAAGACGAUGGUGUGGACACCGAGACUGUACACGAGGCACCUCAUGAGACAGCGGCAGCCGAUCAGCAUAUUGCAGAGUUACAGCGUCGCCGCGACUCAGCCAUCACACAACGAAUCAUUGCUGCUUACGAGCAAGGCCGAAGUCUGCCGCCGGAAAUCGAGACGUACCUCAAGGAGCAGAGUGAACGCGGUAUGCUCCGUAGCGAUGGUCUGAACUUGCAGCAGCUGGUUGAGAUAAGUCGAUCGGCGCACGCUUACGCUCUACUGCCUACACCGGGUGAGACGGCUACUGCUACGGCGAACAGCGUACCUGCUCCACACACGAGAGCAGCCGCUUGA